AUGACUGAUAUUAGUGAUGGCUACGGUUAUGAUUUUGACCAAGACAAGGAAUAUACAUUACCUGAAAAAUCAAAAAAGAAAAAAGAAUGCAGAAUUAAAAUUCGUGGUCGUUAUAUUAACAUUCCAACCCGAUCCAGUAGCAGUGAAAGCGAAUGUGAAGAGUCAGACUUAGAAAGCCAUUUAACUAGAAACAAUCCUGGCUGCUCUACUAGCUCGUAUAAGACUUCUAAUUCUGCAAUGCAAUUUAAAGUAAACAGCAAAACUGAGAUUAAAAAAUCUUCUCAUCCGUCUUCUGUUCAGCUGCAAACAAAUUUUAAUAGAAAUAUUUCCGGUUGUUCCACUACGUUAACGCUAAACACCUCAAAACAAAAAGUGCCCUUAGUAAAAGAUGGUAAUAUUGAAGACCCUGAAACAGAGUAUUAUAAUUCUUAUAACACAGCAACCUCACAUGAUACUACGGAUUCUAAAGAAGAUAAUUUGAUAAAUGAGACAAACAAAAAGUUAACACGCAAAAGACAAAAAAAUACAUCCGAAUGGGCAUGCAAUAUAAGAAAAACUAAAUUUGAUCGGGGCCUUGAAUAUAUUUCUUCGCGAAAAAAGGUCGUUCCCGCCAGGGAGAUUAAAAACAAAAAAGAUUGUUUACAAAAAUGCUUAUUUAAAUGCUCUCGAAUAAUAAGCGAUGAACAACGAAAGGAGAUUUUUAAAAAUUAUUAUCUGCUUUCAGCUGUUGAAAAAAAGAACUAUAUUUUAAACACUACUAAAGUUGAUAGUCCCUGGCGGAGAAGGAAAGGAAAAAAGCCUGAUAAUUCAAGAAAAAAGAGAACCUUUAUAUAUUAUUUUGAGUUAAAUGGUCAACCAAUUCAAGUUUGCAAAGACUUUUAUACAGGAACUUUAUGUAUAAGUCAGAAACCAAUUUAUACAACUCACAAAAAUAAAACGGUGACUAACACAUUGACUAAAAGUAUACAGGGAAAACAUCAGAAAAGGGUAACGUCACCUGAAGCUAUAGAUUUUGUUAAAGAGCACAUAAACUUGGUUCCUCGUGUGGAAUCACAUUAUUGUCGCAAGAACCGUAACAAAGAAUAUGUCGAAAGUGGAUUAAGCAUUAAAAAAUUAUAUGAACUUUAUGUGGAUUUGGCAAAAGAACGCGAAAAAGCUCCAGUUUCAUUUUCUGUUUAUAGAAAAACAUUCUGCAAUAAUUUUAACAUUGCUUUUCAUAAGCCACGCAAAGACAGAUGUGAUACGUGCGCAUAAGCCACGCAAAGACAGAUGUGAUACGUGCGAGGAAAUAAAGCUAAAAAAAAUAGAAAAUAAGAUGGAUGACAGUUUGGAAAAAAAAUAUGCUGAUCAUUUAAAUGAAAAAGAGUACAUGAGAAACGAAAAACAAAAAGACAAGGAUAGUAAAAUCCCAAUACUGUGCUUUGAUCUAAAAAACGUUUUAACAUGCCCAAAAGCUGACAUAAAAAACUUUUUUUAUAAAAGUAAACUAAAUGUUUACAAUAUGACUGGACACCUCUCCAUAAGCAAAAAAGUAUACUGUGCUGUGUGGAGCGAAGCUUUACAUGGAAGAAAGGGAAACGACAUUGCAAGUGCGGUUUACAAAAUACUUGAUAAAGUUAUGCAGGACAAUCCAGAAUUUACAGAAAUUAUUUUGUGGAGCGACAGCUGCGUUCCGCAAAAUAGAAAUAGACUCAUUAGUUAUGGCCUUAGUCACCUAAUUCAAAAACACAACAACCUAUCAAAAAUCACAAUGAAAUUUUCUGUUCCUGGUCAUGCUUGUAUCCAAGAAGUAAAUGCAAUCCACAGCUCAAUCGGAAGAUCAUUAAAUAAGGUAGAAUACUAUUCUCCUUUAUCUCUUUUACGAUACCUUUUAAAAGUAAACCUCCAUAAUCCAUAUACAAUUAUCCACAUGAAACAAGAAGAUUUUAUAGACUUUCAGUGUUUUUCAAGCCAACUCAACUACAAUGCUGUGCCAUUUUCAAAAGUAGUUUCUUUGCAGUUUUCUAGAUCGUUUUUCGAACUCAAGUAUAAAAAGGUAUCUACCUUUAACCCCACAGAAAAAUUUAAAUCUCUAAAUUUACAUCAAAGAAAAUUGAGAAAGGGGCAUGUUACAGCUGA